GACUACACGAGUCACGUGACGCCCGUAGCUCGUCCAGACGUGAGUGUCGAGCUUUCGUUUGUUGCACUCCAAAAAUCUCGUCUCAAAUGGUGGUAAACAUCUGUUUGGAUGAUAUAUGUAUAUAUCUGAUGUACAAAUAUUGAUUUCAUUUGCUGUUUUGCUUUCUGUCAUCUGUUGCUACACGAGCUAAACACCCCGGAAUUAUCUUACUAGGACGUUUUUUUUGUUUGGUUGUUAGCUGAAGUUAGCUCAUCGGCUAACUCCAUACUCCAUUGGACUGCUUGGCUGCAAAGAAAUAACAACUUUGCAAAAAGAUGGAAAAUCAAUCUGUGACUACGGGAGUGGCAUCUACGACCUCUUCAACCUCAAGUAAUUGCAUUGCAAAUGAUAAUGCACCAGCUAAUGAUAACAGCAUCCCGCCAGUCACGAGUAAUGCUUCAGCCUCAGCAGCAAUGGCAACUCCAUCAGUGGACACGUCAGUCUCCAAUGGAGUUUAUGUUCCCGGGGGCAUCACAAAUGGAGAUGUGAAACCUGCUAUUUCCACCACCCCUCUGGCAGAUUUCCUCAUGCAACUGGAGGAUUACACCCCCACAAUUCCUGAUGCAGUAACAGGCUACUACCUCAACCGCGCUGGUUUUGAAGCUUCAGAUCCACGGAUAAUCCGCCUCAUCUCACUGGCCUCUCAAAAGUUCAUCUCCGAUAUUGCCAAUGAUGCACUACAGUAUUGUAAAAUGAAAGGCACAGCUUCAGGAAGCUCAAGAAGCAAGACAAAGGACAAGAAGUAUACUCUUACAAUGGAAGACUUACAGCCAGCUCUUUCUGAAUAUGGAGUGAAUGUCAAGAAACCAUAUUAUUUUACAUAAGGCCACCUAUAAUUUUUUUGUAUGUUGCUUUUGGUAGUUUAGUUCCUCAUGCACAAUACACAAGACUGUAUAUUAAACUCGCUAAAAGUUUUAUUUUGAAUUUUGGUGCUUUCAAACAUUUCUUCAUUAUGUGACUGUAAAACAUCUAUGUUUUAUUGUGAAUAUAAAUUCUAUAAAAUAUG